UUUUGUCUCUUCAAAUGGCCGUUCUCUCCCUUUUCCGGAAUUGAGAGAAUGUGAAAAAAUCUUCAGAGGAGAACAAAUCCAUCAGAUCAUGGCCAUCAUCAAUGAUGAUUCUGCUGAUCAUAUUCAUGCCAGUGAUCCACAAGCAGAAUUGGAAUGCUCACCUAGUGAAAGCAUAAUAAGGAGACUUGGCAGCUCUGGAGAAGUCUUGAAAAGGGUGGAUCUUGAUUUAGCGUAUUCUUCCGAGAAGCUAUUGAACUUAAAAAUACUUUUGAUGCAUGUUGAAGCUAGGGCAAGUGAUUACGAAGCGUUGGUCAUAGAGAGUGAAGAUGUCUCAGCUGACUCCAUCGAGAAGGCGUUGGAAUUUGAUAUCUUAUCUGGGAUCUUAGAUUCGGAGGUGAAAGAGCUGGACAAUUUCAUGAUUUCUCUCCAGGAAGAGAUCAUGGAUGCCCGUGACAAGAUAUCUUUAUGUGAAAACUUCAAAGAAACUUCUACAGAAGUGGAAGGAAAUUUGCAUGAUUCUGAAGAAUCUUUGAAACAGUUGCAACAACAGGUUUCUGGUAUGAGAAUGCUAUCAGCCAAGUUCCAAAGCACCAUCUCCUUUGGUGGGGAGGAUUAUUGGAAUAGUGGUGUUGCAGAGUUUCCGGAAAUCAGUCAAUUUUCGUCUGUGAAUACCAAGGUGAAGAUGCAGACCACCGAACAACAAAGACAUAUCCUGAAAAUGUUGGAGAAAUCGUUGGCCAGGGAGUUGGACCUUGAGAAGUGGCUCUCGGAAUCAAGUCACAAUGAAGAAGAGCUCAAAGUGAAACUGCAUUGUGCAGAAGAAACAGUGGAUCUUGUUUCGGAGCGGUUAUUCGAGUCAGAAAAUACAGCUGAGAUCCUGAUGGGCAUUUCAAAAGAACUGAUGGGAAAGCUCCAGAUUGUCCAGUUGAAUUUGAAUGGCUCAAUGCAACGAGAAGAAAGUGCUUUAAGGAAGCUCAUGGAAAUCGAUAAUUCAAAGCCCAGUCUCAAGGAGGCUGAAGAUAGAUACAGUGUCGCUGGCUCUGAAGCUGGAUCUUUCAGAUAUAGACUAGCGUCGCUUGAGGGGCAGCCGAUGGAAUCUGAUGUACGUUCAAGGGAUGGGAGGGUCUCAGUCGAAUCAAGCCUUGAGUUGUGGAGUACGUUGGAGUCUCAAAUCUGUGGUUUUGAAAAUACGAUUGCAGAUUUGAGAGCGAAACUCUCAGAAGAGAAAAUGAGGGUGGAGAUUGCAGAAGCCAAGCGCUUGGAACUUACUGAAUUAAUGUCUCUUCAACGUAGUAAUUUAAUGGAAAAGGUGAACCUGCUUGAGAAGCAGCUGAGGCAAACCGAGACCAAGUUACAGCAUGCCAAGGCAUCUGAUGAAGCCAGUCAAGAACGGCAGAAUAUGUUAGCGUCUGCAUUCAGUGAUAUGGAGAAGUUGAUUGAGGAUCUGAAGGCGAAGGCCUCGAAAGCUGAAAGCAGGGCGGAGAGUGCGGAAGCUAAGUGCAUUCAGCUAACUGAGACUAACUUGGAAGUUAACAAAGAGGUGGGUUUUCUCAGAGGUAGGAUCGAAUGUUUGGAAGUAUCUUUGCAUGAAGCUGACAAUGUGAAAAUCACCACGGCAAAGGAUAUUGGUGUAAGGACCAAAGUAAUUACUGAUCUUGUCAUGCAACUGGCAAUGGAAAGAGAACGGCUCCAGACACAGAUAUCUUCAUUGAUGAAAGAGAACAGCCUAUUGGUGGAGAAGUUACAGAAAAAUAACAAGGCUGCUUCUAUUAUUUUGAGUAGUAAAGGAAAGGAAAAUGGGAAGGAAUCCAUCCUAUUCAAGAAUGAUUGGGCUGCUGCUCAAUGUUUGAGAUCAUUAGAAGAAGUAACAGAGUCUUCUACUACAACUUCUCAGGUAGACAAGUUUGCAAAAGAUGCACCACCGCAUGUAACUGAAGUGGGGCCCACCAUUUCAACAGUGGAUACUCCAGGCUUGGGAUCCAAGCAAGAGACAGUAAGGACAAUAGAGGUGCGGCAGCUUAAUUCAAAGUACGUUUUUAUCGCACUUCUCGUUGUAUUAGUUUCAGUGCUUGCUGUAUAUCUGUUUCAACAAGAAACAUGGCCCAUUUGACAGUUGAGAUGAGUUCUCAUCACCCAACUGCAGGGAAUGUACCUGCGGAUUCACACACCUUUGCUGGCUUGGGAUGUGAUUUCUGUACAUAUUAUAGGCUUCUUUGAUGAGUUUCUUGA